AUUAUCAUAGUAGAACGUAGUCGUCAACAAUAAAAUAAAAACUUUUUACUGUUUCAGUAUUGCAUCAAUAUAUUCUACUCCACUAUUCAUUGUUACAUUUCGGCACAGUUAACACAACCAACAAGUUAGAGACGGUGUUCAACAGGAACAAUAAAUAUGGCUUGUCAAACAAACAGUUCUGUUGAAGUAUUGGAUCCGAUUAAAGAGAACUAUGACAACUAUCUACUUAUCGAUGUUGGAUCAAACAUGGUGAACAAGAAGUUCAGCAGGGACUUAGAAUCAGUUUUGCAACGAGCAAAAGAUUCAGGUGUUCAAAAAAUAAUUGUCCCUUGCACAUCACUCAGAACAAGCAAAGAAGCAUUGCGAUUGGCAAGAAUAUAUCCGGGAGCGUUAUACUCCACAGCAGGUAUCCAUCCGCAUGAAGCAAAAUCUUGGGAAGAUUGUUAUUACAACGAACUGAAAGAUAUUGCUAAAAAUCCAGAAUGUGUGGCUAUAGGUAUUUGUGGUUUGGACUACAACAAAGAUUUUUCAUCUCCUGAUAUACAAAGAAAAGUUUUUGAACAACAGAUAUCUUUGGCUAUUGAAAUGAAUAAACCAAUUAUGUUCCAUCAAAAAGGAGCACAUGAAGAUUUUCUAUGUAUUAUAAAAACUCAUAUGCCAUUGAUGAUACCAGCAAUCCUGCACUCGUUUACUGGUUCAUUUGAAGAAGCUACAGACUAUAUUAACUUAGGAAUGUACAUUGGAAUAACAGGUGGUUUGUGCAAAGAUAGUUCUGGUAGUGGAAUCAAAAAACUAUUGAGUGCAGGCAUACUUACACUAGAUAGGAUAUUAGUGCAGUCAGAUUCUCCAUUUAUGUAUCCAAAUGCUAGGGCAGCAAAUCUUUCUGAAGCAGUGAAAUCUAGUCUCACACAAAGAUCUCUUGGGUUUUUACAACGCUAUUGUACAUUUCAUCGUAAUGAACCAUGUUCAUUACCUAUUCUCGUUGAACUAUUAGCUGGUCUGAUUGCUAAAAAGCCUGAUGAAGUGGCUUUGGCAACAUCAAUUAAUGCUCUUAAAAUAUUUGGAAUGUCAUAAUUUUUUUUUUGACUUAAUACAGUUUUAUAAAUAUGUGUUGACUUUUA